AUGAUUUGGGAUAGAGAAGAGAAACUGUGUCCAGUCGUGGAAACUACCUGCCCAACAGAUGUUAACAUAGAGCUAAAGAACAGCGAAAAAGAGUUCGACAUUUACCGGAAGGUCCCCAAAGACCUUACUCGUCCAACUAUAACUGGAGCCAUCAUCUCUUUGAUCAGUAUAUGCUUCAUCGGUUUCCUUUUCUUCUCAGAAUUGUCCCUGUUUGUCACCACAGAAAUUAUGAGUGAACUUUCGGUUGGUGACCCUGUCAGUUAUACUGAGAAGAUUCCUGUCUUCCUGAAUCUUACAUUGCCAAGACUCAAGUGUGCCUAUGUAGGUUUAGAUAUACAAGAUGAAAUGGGAAGACGUGAUAUCGGCAUCGUGGAUUUUUCUAAUAAGAUAGAGAUUGAAAACGGCGCGGGUUGUCGAUAUGAAGCCAACUUUAGAAUAAAUAAGGUACCUGGGAACUUCCAUGUUUCCACUCAUUCAGCAAACCCACCUCCUUCUGAUGCUGAUAUGGGCCACAUAAUACACGAAGUGCGCUUUGGAAAUAGUAAAACACAUGAUUAUGAUAUUCAAGGCUCCUUUAAUCCUUUGAACAAUGUUGAGAGACAUAAAUCUGAUAAGUCCGUAACAUUUGAUUACAUCAUACGAGUGGUGCCAUCAGUCUACGAAAACAUCAAUGGCGCAGUGCACUAUCCAUUCCAGUAUACUUAUACAACGCGAGAAAUCAAUUUCUUGCAAGGAUCUGUGACUCUUCCUGCUAUUUGGUUCCGCUAUGAUUUAAGCCCCAUUACUGUUCGCUAUCACGAAAAGAGGAAGCCAUUUUACACAUUCCUGACCACUGUAUGUGCCAUCGUCGGAGGAACCUUUACUGUCGCUGGUCUCUUUGAUUCGUUCAUCUUCACUGCGUCAGAGAUUCUCAAGAAGUUUGAGCUGGGAAAAUUGACUUAAUGACAAAAUAAAUGCUCAACAAAUAAACAGUGAAAUUUUCACAAGAAAAGUAGACACAUCAUAUAUCGUCCAUCGAAAUUCGAAGAGUAUAAUGGCUUGGAAGAGAUAUAGCGGUAGCUAUUUCAUAUAUAGAUGUUGUGUAUGUAUGUAACUGUAAGAAUUUGUAUAUGUUUAUAUAUACACUCAGAGGUGCAGAUAUACAUACACACGUCUAUCUAUCUAUGUAUCUAUCUAUCUGUCUGUCUAUCUAUAUAUGUUACAAAAAUGGUUAGGACACUAGGAUAUUUUCCUACUUUUGUUCACAGGA